UGUUUCUGCGCCAUCAUGUGGAUCUUUGCUGAGGUAACUUGUGCAGUUGUUAGCUCGGGUUAGAGAAGAGUAAAUAAACAUUAAACAAUGUGGCUGCACCGCAACAGCGUCUGUACAGGAGCUCAAAUACUAAAGAAAAUCAAAUUCAACACGUUUCCAUGUUGUGUUUUAAGCACUGAAGCAGAUCGAGUGAUUCAUGAGAGGAGAAAGCAGCGCUUUACUGUCAGACUGAACAGUGAAGAAGCAGUAGAGAGUGCGGUGCUAAAAUACUCCUACAUGAAUGAUAAACAUGUGCAUUUAUUAUCGACUGAAGUUCCAGAGAGGUUCAGAGGUAAAGGAGUAGCAGCGAGUCUGGCCAAGGCUGCACUGGACUUUGUGGUCAAAGAGAAUCUAAAAGCAACCAUCUCCUGCUGGUAUAUUAAAAAAUAUGUAGAUGAAAAUCCACAUCAAAGAUAUGAUGCACACAUUGAAGAUUAACUUUAAAAAGAGCCUUUACAACACCUACUAAAUUAGUCCUGGUUUUCCAAUCUGACCUGGAUAAAGUUGAGCCAGUUAAAUGCCGUUAAAUUAGUAUGCAAAUAAAUCAGUUUGUCAUCAUUGUAAUUAUUAAAGAAACAAGUUAUCCAACACUGGGGCUGUGUAAAAAGUACUUAUUACAUAGAUAAUUCAUUUAUUUAAAUUGAUGAUGUUUAAUUAGACCAUGUUUUUGGGCCUGUUGUUUAAAUGUAGAUGUAUUCCACAAUAAAAACAUUAUACCAAGAGUCAAA